UCCUGCAGGAAGGAGGAAGGCUUCUCCAGGAGCCUGGGAGCAGCAGCACACCGUGGGUGUUUGUUAAAGGCACGGUCUGUUUGAGUCCCGUUCUGGUUAUAAAUUGACAGGAACUCAGUUUUGUGCUGUGUAAACAGCAGAAGCUACGACACGGUUAAGAAAUUACUUGCUGGAUGGCUGUGUUGAAUUCAUGAGAGGUGAUGGCUGAAUUUGAUGAGGAGGUGCAGUGAGAGCCGGGUGAAGAAACAAGGGGUGAAGAAAGCCCCGUGCUCUGGUGUGGCCUCCCAAAGAGAAGAUGCCUCCUUCAGCUGAAGCAGAUGGUGGCGGUGCUCUCUGAGCUUCCUGGCAUGGAUCUAUACGAGGAUUACAAGUCGCCCUUUGAUUUCAAUGCAGGAGUGGACCGAACCUACCUUUACCUGUCACCCGGCAUAAACCUUACUCCACCUGGGUCACCUACGCUGACUAAGUCUGGGCUGCUGAGAACUGACUCUAUACCUGAGGUUGGAGAGGAUGCUGCUGCUACAGUCGGCAUGUCAGAAACUCUGUCUGAAGAAGAACAGAAUGAGCUAAGGAAAGAGCUUGCCAAGGUGGAAGAGGAAAUCCAGACACUCUCACAAGUGCUGGCUGCCAAAGAGAAGCACCUUGCAGAAAUCAAGAGAAAGCUGGGAAUUAACUCAUUACAGGAACUAAAGCAGAAUAUCACCAAAAGCUGGCAAGAUGUGACGUCAACUGCAGCGUACAAGAAAACAUCAGAAACCCUGUCUCAGGCAGGUCAGAAGGCUUCUGCUGCGUUUUCCUCUGUCGGUUCAGUCCUAUCCAAGAAGUUUGAAGACGUCAAACUACAGGCAUUUUCACAUUCCUUUAGUAUACGCUCCAUACAACAUUCGAUUAGCAUGCCUAUUAUGAGAAAUUCUCCUACUUUCAAAUCCUUUGAGGAAAAAGUUGAAACCUUGAAGUCUAAAGUUGGAGGAAGCAAACCUGCCAGCGGGGACUUUGGAGAAGUUCUGAACUCAGCUGCCAAUGCCAGUGCCACAGAAACGAUUGCAGAAGAGACACAGGAGGAGACGCACUGAGAUUCCUGCCUCUGUCCUGCUACCCACUGCCAGAUGCUGCAAGCAGGAACCAAGCACACUUGUAACAUCCUCUGUGCUCUUUCCACCAGAUGUGCUUUUCUUUAGCACGUAGCUGUUGUAACAGAUGAAUUGAUACCAAGCUUGUUGUGGGUUCAGAUUAUUUUUGAAACUAAAAUACGUUGCUUGUUUGGGGUUUUGCGUGGGGAAGGGAAUUUUUAUGCCUUUCAAGCAUUUAAAGGACUUAUCCCUUAUUUGAAGGCAACCUUUGAAAUACAGCGAUGAAAAACUCUUUGGAGAAGUUAAUUAUACUGUACAUACGUGUGGAUACAUAAUUCUUUUUGAAUCUGUAGCUACUGUUCAACUUAAUCAUUUUGAAUCUACCACUGCUGCCAAACUGAACCUUGCUACUGCACUCCCUUCUCAUUAUUUCAGUUACGUGUUGCCUGCAUGGGACACCAGACUUAGGAGGGACACUCACAGCUUCAAGAAAGGCUUUCAGCAGGCUUUAAACAUGUUAUUUGUAUCAGGCUUACAGCCGUGUGGGAAUGUAUUGAGUUAAAAGCUUCCAAGAGAUGCGAGUGGGGGUAAUGCAUAACAUCUAGAACUUGGGACUUGUCUGUGGGUUACCCAACUAGGAAGGCUCUGUUAGCAAGAUGCCUAUUAGUGCUGGUUUAGUUCAGUGAUGCUGAUGCUUUCAACACUGCAUUUUGUAUGAAAUGUUGGGGGGAAAAUAUACUGUUAGGAUCUCCUGAUCAGCUGUGAGUCAUCUUAAUUCACACAGUAGUGUCACAUUUACACCAACAGGAAUGUGAGGAUAAGUCUGGGCGUGAAAGUGGGUUUUCUCUUAGGCAUCAACUUGCUUUCGAGUGCUAAUGUUGUUUUCCUUGUAGCCUGGCCAUUGAUAAAACGCCACAUCUGUUUGUAGCUGUGAGGGCCCUGUAGGAGCAGGGCACUGAUGCUGUUAACACCUAAAGGCAGUGCCCUGUGUCCGAGGGCUGCUCUCCCGCCUGUUGCUUUAUGCCAUCGUUCUCUGCAGAUUCUGCUUUCUGUUUCUGACACAAGAUGUGGGUAAGAUCAUAAUUUCUGGCAAAAAAUGUGUUUAUCGCUGUUCUUAGAACUGGAAACCAGCUUUGAAACAGCUGUGUGUGAAAUCUGUGCUCCUUCACCUGCUGCAGAUGUAUAGAAUAAAGGUUCCCCGCCUUUAUUAGCAUGUCAGUUGCAGUGUAUAUACGCUCAAUUACAUGCCCGAAGUUCAAUAAAACCAUUAUGUGUGUAA